GUGAUGAUCGAUGGACGGAUGCAGGUAGCCUUCCUCCCCUACACACGCAGCAUCACCACGCAUCCCGUUGCUCCGCUGUGCAGCUUUCCUCCCCAUCAGCGCGCACACACGCACACGGGGGGUGGGGGGGGGGAUCCUGCCUAUUGAUCUUUGAACAUCUGGAGCAGCUCAUAUUUGUUUUACAAGGCAACUCAGUGGCCGCAAAGGAAGGAGUGAGACAGCAGCAGGACGGAACACUUGACACCUUUCUGCACGGCAUCGACAUGCAGUAGCGUGAUACCAGCUCUGCGGAGACGGAGAAGGCCAGUCCAUGGCAUCUUGAUAUUACAACCGUGGGCUCUGCGCAUUCCCAGCCGCCAGCGCAGUUGUGGUUUUUUCACCCCUACUUCGUCUCCUUCUGCGGAAUCGGAAGGAUUAACUUGGUCAAGGUAAAAGGCGGCAAGUGAAGAGAUCCUACUAAUUCAGUUUGACCAGAUUCCGUUCUGUCGUGGGGGAUUCGUGGGAUAUAUUCACUGGCCCCGCGAUGGACUCCAGAGCGGGGGAAUAUGGCAUGGCUCGUUUUGGAUUGUUUGUGCUUUUGAUGGGGCUGUGGAGAUCCGGCGAAGCUUAUUGUCCCGAAUCUUGCACUUGCAGCAUCUCAAGGAUUGUUUGUAUUGAUCCAGAACCAGGGAUCGAGGAUUUCCCUGUCCUCACGUUAGAUGACAUGGAAAACAUCACUGAGAUAUACAUUGCUAGUCAAAAUAGAUUGUUUGACAUCAGUGACAGCAGUUUGAGGCACUACAUAAACCUCAGAAACCUAACGGUGACAAGGACAAGAUUAACAUCAAUAUCCUCAGAUGCAUUUUAUAACAACACAAAACUUCAAUAUGUAAAUCUCAGAGAUAACAACCUCUCAAUGCUGUCAUGGAGAACAUUUCAGAACUUCAACAUUACAUUUCCGCUUCUUCUUUCUGGAAACCCUCUGGAUUGUGUUUGUGAGAACAUGUGGAUCAAACUAAGACUUCAAGAAGACAUAGACAGUCCAGAGCUGACUUGCACUGAUGAAAGAGGAGAGACAAGGGACUUUGCCACACUCACUCCACCAGACUGUGUGGUUCCCAAAGUAGAGCUAACCCCCAAAACUGUAACGGUAAUGGAGGGGGGUGAUGUCAAAGCUGUGUGCAGUGCCUCAGGCUCCCCUGUUCCUGUGAUCCAGUGGACCCUUGAAAUGCCCUCAACCCACUAUGAGAUUAACUCUUUGGAAACAAAGAGCACACUCACCUUGUCAGACCUGUCUCCUGAUGAUAAUGGCAGGGUGAUCGUAUGCAGGGCCGAGAACAUGGUCGGUCAGACCGAAGCCACGCUUCAGCUCAAUAUUCUCUUUCCCCCAACGAUCCAGCAACUGCUGGGUCCUGAACGGGACCACCACUGGUGCAUACCGUUCACCGUGACCGGAAACCCCAAACCUGAACUGCUCUGGUACCAUAAGAACAAGCUGCUCCAGGAGUAUAACUACAUCCGCACUAUGAUCCACGAGUCCACUGAGAACGAGGACCAUGGCUGCCUGCAGCUGGUCAAUCCCACUCACAUCUAUAAUGGCGAGUAUAAACUGGUGGCAAAGAACGAGUAUGGUCGGGAUGAAAAGACAGUCACUGCCCAAUUCAUUGAUCCGCCAAACAUUAGUCCUACAGAUGACAUGGACUAUUACACCAAUACACCAGUUCCUCCUCUGGACGACAGUGUUGCAGUAUAUGUCGUUGUGGGAAUUGCCGGGGUUGCCUUGACUGGCUGCGUCCUCAUGGUCAUCAUUUUGAAAUAUGGAAGAAACUCAAACUUUGGUAUUAAAGGCUCUUCCUCGGUAAUCAGUAACGACGAUGACUCUGCUAGCCCUCUUCAUCACGUCUCCAAUGGCAACAACACCCCGUCGUCCUCAGAUAUGGGUCCAGAUGCAGUGAUCAUUGGGAUGACAAAGAUUCCUGUCAUUGAGAACCCACAGUACUUCCGUAACUCCGGCAGCAUGCUGAAAGCUGACACAUUUGUUCAGCACAUCAAAAGGCACAACAUUGUGCUGAAGCGGGAGCUGGGGGAAGGAGCCUUUGGGAAGGUAUUUCUUGCCGAAUGCUACAACCUGGUGCCAGACCAUGAGAAGAUCCAUGUGGCCGUCAAGACUCUGAAGGAGGCCACCGAAAGCGGUCGCACAGACUUCUACAGAGAGGCUGAGCUUCUCACCAACCUGCAACAUGAGCACAUCGUCACCUUCUAUGGAGUGUGUGUGGAGAGCGACCCGCUCAUCAUGGUGUUUGAGUACAUGAAACAUGGAGACCUGAACAAGUUUCUCAGGUCCCACGGCCCUGAUGCAGUUCUAAUGGCAGACGGUCAGCACAGUAUCCUGGUGGAGCUCACCCAGUCUCAAAUGCUGCACAUUGCCCAACAGAUUGCUGCUGGCAUGGUCUACCUGGCAUCCCAGCAUUUUGUCCACAGAGACUUGGCAACAAGGAACUGCCUGGUGGGGGAAAACCUGCUGGUCAAGAUAGGGGACUUUGGCAUGUCAAGAGAUGUUUACAGCACAGACUACUAUAGGGUGGGUGGUCACACGAUGCUGCCGAUCCGCUGGAUGCCCCCGGAGAGCAUCAUGUAUCGGAGGUUCACCACAGAGAGUGACGUGUGGAGUCUAGGUGUGGUGCUGUGGGAGAUCUUCACCUACGGCAAGCAGCCCUGGUACCAGCUCUCCAAUAAUGAGGUGAUUGAGUGCAUCACACAGGGCCGAGUCCUGCAGCGGCCCCGUACCUGUCCUAAGGAAGUAUACGACCUGAUGCUGGGCUGCUGGCAGAGGGAGCCCUACAUGAGGCUGAACAUCAAGGAAAUCCACAGCAUGCUCCAGAGCUUGGCCAAGGCCUCGCCUGUGUACCUGGAUAUAUUGGGCUGAUCCACCAGCGCCUCCGUAUGUAGUUUGUGUGCAUGUGUGCUUCGUAUGUGGACGGGUGUUUGGUUGCUUGAGAGCACAUUGUGAGGGAGAGAGAGGGAAGGAAGUGAAGGUGGUGUGAUUACAUCUAUGUACAGAAUCUGGUUGUAAAGGUGACUGUAAAAUGCAAACUGUCCCUGUCCUGAUUCCAUGAAAAGGAGCCUUAAAGCUUGAGUUUUGCUGUUGUUUUCUUAUUAAUUUGCAGAUUAUCAUAGGCAUGUUUCAGAGAAUGACAUGAAAAUACAUACAGGAUUAUGUCACUAUGCUCAAAAUACAGGUCUAAAAAAACUAAGAUGAGUAGACAGGUCAUUCUGCAUCAUGUGAAUACAUCAGCAGUGUUUCAUAUUUCCUGGGAGUAAAAAAAAAGGCAAAAAGCAGGAACACUCAUUGAGUGAGAAUAUAUGGAAACAUCUAUGUAGAUAAGAGCUUCUUAAUUUCAGUUGAUUUAAAUCUGGUAUUUAAGUCAUGUACAUGUAAAAACAUUUUACACACAAGCAAAAAACAAGAAAAGAUCAAUUCAAAGUUGUGAAAUAAAAGGGAAUAUAUUUUACAUCCUUAAUUUAAAAAGUGGCAUAUUUUGUGAAUCUGUUCAUAUUUUACACUAAUCAAAAAAAUAAUAUAAUACGGUGGUGGGAAACAGUUGUUCAGGCUUUGUUUUAAUCAGAAGAGCUACCCGGAGCAUAGAGUGUGAACUUGGGAGCACUGGUUGUUUUGUUUUACAUUUGUAUGUCAUUCACCUGCAGUGCCAUUGAGUAAAAAAACUAAAAGCUUUGUUGUUUUGUGGCUCAUCUAAUGAUGUUACAGAGCCAGAUUUCAAACCUUAUGGGCUCUUAUAGAACUGAUGGAGGUAUGGCCUUAAUGGGCUUUCUGAGGCUACUUAAAGAUACAGAGAUUUUCAGCAUUUUCAGCACUUUUUUUUAAUCUUUGCUUUGCAUUAACAUGUUUUGAUGCUCAUAUCUUUAGUUUUAUACCCAGUGGCUCGAGAGAUAUUCCUUACCCCUUGAAUUUUUUUUUUCACAUUUUGAUAAUUAUAACAAACUUUAAUUUUAUAUGUUAAACCACUACAAAGUAAUGCAUACACAUACAUCAAAUAAAAGUAAAAAAAAAAAAGCGUGGUGUGUAUUUCCAUUCCAUCCUAUUUACUUUAAAAGCAAAAAUAUAGGUUAAAGUUUACAUGUAAAACAUUAUAUUUCCAAGAAAGCAUCACCUUGAACACACGAUUUCCACAGUGAGAAAAGGUGGUGGCAGUAUCAUGCUGUGGUAAUGCCUUUUUUUCAGCAGGGAAAAAGAUGUCGAUGGGAAGAUGGAUGGAACUAAAUACAGAGUGAUCCUGGAAGAAGACCUGGAAAAGGCUGCAAAAGACUGGAAAUGGAGCUACUAUGGAAUGAUUUAGAUCAAAGCAUUUUCACCAUAAAACAUCUGGUUAUAUUAUAUAAACAAUAUUAUAUAUUACCCUGUUUUAGCUCCAUCCAUCUUCCCAUUAACCCUGACCAGCUUGCUUGUCCCAGUUAAAGUGAAACAUCCCCACAGCAUUAUGCUGCCACCACUAUGUUCUACUGUGCAGAUGGUGUGUUUAGGGGGAUGUAAUGUGCAGUGUUCUGCCACAUUUAGUGUUUCUCAUACUGGUCAAAAGGUUCCAUUGUGGUUACAUCUGACCAGAGCACCUCCUUUUACAUCUUUUAUGUGUCCUCUACAUGGCAUGGGCCAAACUCCAAAUGAGGCUUUCUUUCAACAAGAGCUUUUCGUUACUACUCUUUUAUAAAAGGCCAGGUUUCUUCAGUGCAUGAGUGAUAGUUGUCCUGUUGAAAGAUUCUUACAACUGAGUUAUGGAUCGAUGCUGCUCCUCCAGAGCUACCAUGGGCCUCUUGGCUGCUUCUCUGAUUAAUGCUCUCCUUACCCAGCCUGUCAGUCUAGGUGGGCGACAAUGUCUUCGUAGGUGUGGUAGGUUUUUGUAUGAUGGCUGUGUAAUAUAUAUUAAGAACUUAAGGGUUUCAUUUUUUUGCGCUGCUUUAAACUAGUUCACAACAUCAACUAUAAUCUGUCUGAUGUGUUCGUUGGUCUUCACGCUGUUCAUUGAUUGAUAUUCUCAAACAAACAUCUGAGGCCUUCACAGAACUGCUGAUUUAAUGCUGAGGGUACAUUACACCCCGUUUAGGUCUUUUUACCAAUAGAUGAUCUCUGAAAAAAAAUUGCACAGGACUUUAUCUAGGGACAUCAAAACAAAUGUAUUCCACUCUUUUUAGAUUUGUGAAAAAAACUUUAAGAACCUGUGUAUCACCUUUCUUCCACUUCACAAUUAUGUACUACUUUAUGUUAGCUCUAUCACAUAAAAUACCAGUACAAUUAUUUAAAGUCUGUUGUUGUAACAUGUCAAAAUGUGGAAAGACUAAAGGGGUGUGAAUACUUUUACAAGGCAUUGUAAAAUAUAAUGCUGCUAAACUGCAGUAGAAAGAGUCAAUUAACAUCUGAUUGCCCUUAAUGUAAUGUUAGGGUGCUUUCAUCUUCACUUGUUGUCCCACCUCAUCAAACUAACCAAUGGGUUUUUUUUUUUAUAUGUAAAGGAGUCAGGCAAUGAGUUUUGUUUGUCAGGUGCACUUUGUAGCAUUUUUGUAACCCCCCCACCCCCUCCCAAAUGCACAACCUAAGCAGCUGCCCUCAUCACUGAACCCUUUGUGUCAAGCUCAGCUGUACCCUUCAGCCUGGCCAAGCUGAAGCAAGUUUAAACCUGGGAAAAAAACAAGCAUUUUUUUUGUGUGCGUCUCACUAUGUUUUUUAUACACUGUUCUGUAUGAUAGUCCUGUGUGGGCUGUAUAUAAAUUGCUGUCCAUCCUGUACAGUUCUGACAACUGUCUAUAUUAUUAGUAGGCAACGUUUAAUAGUAUACUCUGUUCCAAGCAGGUAUGUCAAAACUGUGUGACACCUAUUGAAGACAAUGUGUUAUGGGCCACUGGCAAUACAUACAAAAUGUAAAUAUGAUUUUAUUUGUGCUGCGUUGUAUGAUUUCCUUGUGCUCGUUCAUAAUACCAGUGAGACUACAAUCCUCCUCCUUUGGCGACUUUUGAUCUGCAGAGGACGUUGUUUGAACAAUGUGUUUCAUUUUUCUCUCUGAAAAAGAAAAAAAAAUGAUUUCCUCUUUUCCUUUCUACUGUGAUGGAGAGCUCAUACAGAGGCGAUCUGAGAUGCUGUCUGUCUGUAGGAGGACCACAGACUCUAGAUACCCGGAUUUCUUCUUGCCAGCAGGCGUCCCAGUUGAUAUGUGGCCGAUGGAGGCGGGUGAGGUGGUGAUCUACAGAUCUCCUCCUGUCCAGUCCCACAACCCUGACCAACCUCUGACUGACUGUAGCCUAAUUUGAUCCUCUUUCAGAUGAAUAACUGUGACUUUGCAUCAUGAAUAGUAUAUUAUUUUGAAUGUAAUCUAGAUGGGUGGGGAUGUUUUUUGAAUGUAAUCUAUCUUGGGGGGUGGGAGUGUCAAUGAUCUUUUUUGUAAAUAUAUGGUAAAAGAAGAAAAAAAAGAACAGUUUUCAUUCCUGUGAAGAUAACAAAUUUUACUCAUGAAAUACAUGGAGUGUGUUCAUGUUUUUGGGUGUGACUGUGUGUGUAUUUGCACAUAGGACUGAAUGCACGUGUGGGUAUAUGUGUGUGUGCGUGCAUGUGUGUGUGUAUGUGUGAGUGGCGCGCUCCUGGCAGAUUUGAUCCUGCUUUAAUCAGCCAGUUCUAUCAAUCAAUUCAAUGCUUUGUGCAUCAUGUGAGUAGCUUAUCCACAAUUACUGGAAAUGUUUCUUGUGAUACUGUGCAUUUAAUAAAGGUGAUAUGUCUUACAGUAA